AUGUCUGGCUCGACCGAAUUUGUUGAGAAGAUGGGAAAGUUGUCGGAGAAGCCGAGCUUCUCGCAAACGUGUAGCUUGUUGAGUCAAUACCUGAAGGAAACAGGUAGUUUUGGAGAUCUUAGUCUUGGUAUGACAUGCAACAUUGAAUCAACCCCAAAUGAUAUCGAAAACCGAAACAAAAACGGUCCGUCUGACAGGUUGCGUCAUUCUGCGACAACCAUGAAUUUGUUUCCAGUGAGUGAGAAACCAGGUCAUGUUUCAUCCCACAACAUGGGGACUCCUCGGAAUUUUAGAUCGAUGGAUUUGUUCCCUCAACAAGCUGGAUUUGCUCCCAAGGAAGGUGCCCAAAAGAAGCUUGACCCAAGUGUUAACAAGUAUGCCACUGCAGAGCCCCAAACUGCGCAAAUGACUAUAUUCUAUGCUGGACAAGUUAUUGUGUUGAACAAUUUUCCAGCUGACAAGGCUAAGGAAGUGAUGCUCUUAGCUAGCAAGGGAAGCUCCCAGAUCCAGAAUGCCUUUCCUUCAACUAUUCCAGCAAGUAGUCAUCCCGUCCUCGCGCCUAAUAUUUCUAGAACUCCAAUGGAGUCCAACGGUUCAAUUCCAUCUCGCCCGAGUGCUCUUCCAAAUUUUGGCAAUAACUUAAUUCAAGAGCGCUUGCAACCUGCCCCUCAACCUAUAUUUAAUGAUCUGCCAAUUGCAAGAAGAGCUUCCCUCCACCGGUUUUUGGAGAAGAGAAAAGACAGGAUCAUUGCAAAGGCUCCAUAUCAAAUAAAUCCUCUGGCAACUACUUCUAAGCCAGUUGAAAGCGAGACGUGGCUUGGCUUGGCUGCUCAAUCUACUCACUAG